AUGCGCCUGGGCCCUGCCCAGGCGCAAGACCCGUAUCGGGCUUCUGGCCCACGUCCAAACCCGCUCUUCUCGGGCGGGCCUGCUGAGCUUCCGCCGACCAAGUCGGCACCACUCAGCAUGACAAGCCCAGCCUGGGCCUCGAUCCCAGCCUGGGCACCGCACACGCCCCAUUCAUGCGCCUGGGCGCGGCCUAGGCGCAAGACCCGCGCUGCUGCUGCUAAUGCCGGCACUGGUGCGGGCCUCGCACGCCCCAGACUUGCUGCUGCUGCUGGUGUCGGUGCUGACGCCGGUAGUGGUGCCGGCCGCCGCACCUCAAUCGUGGGCUUGGGCCCCGCCAACAUGGGCCCCGCUGACAUGGACCCGUUCAGCAGCAACGCGGGCGCCAUGAUCAAGUCCUCGAUCGUGGGCUUGGGCCCCGCCAAUACAGACCCGUUCAGUAGUAACGCGGGCGGAAUGGUCAAGUCUGCGACAAUACAGGAGCUGAAUCCGGGUCUCCAGCCGCAACAGGGCUUUGGAAGCAGUUGGGACUUCCGUCCCCCAAGGGCCAUGAUCAAGUCCUCCACAAUCCAGGAGCUGAUUCCGGGCCCACAGCCGCAGCAGCGCUUUGGCAGCAGUUGGGACUUCCCCCGAGCCCUCUCUUCGCCAAGGGCCCGAGGCGGAGGAGACCACCGCGCCUCUGAGCAUCCGGUACCCCGCCCGGAACCACCCGAUCUUUGGCGAGAACGGGGAAUGCUGGCCCUCGGCAUGCUGGCCCUCGGCGUGAUCUGUCUGGGUCGCGGACAAUUCCCGACCUGGGCCCGGCGCAAGAGCCGUAUCGAGCUAGUCCAUCCAGAUGCAUGCCGGUUUCAUACCGACAACGAUCCUCUGUUCAAUCAUGAACACGGAGGGAGACCACCGCGGCUCCCAGCAUCCGGUACCCAGCCCGGAACCACCCCAUCUUUGGCGAGAACGGGGAAUUCUGGCCGCGACCCGUAUCGCGCUGCUGGCCCACGGCCAAACCCUCUCUUCUCGGGCAAGCCUCUGAAGCUCCUCCGACUAAGUCGGCUGCUCAACAUUGGCGCCUACUCGAGCGACAACUCGUUCGAGGCCAACACCUCGGACAAGUCCUCCACCAUGCAGGCGCUGCUCCCGCCACCGACGGUGGCCGCCAGGAAGCCGGCCAAGAAAUCCUCCCCGAUUGUACUGAUCCCUAAUGUCUUUCGGGAGGUCGCACGUUCGAUUCGUGCGCAAGAGCAGGCAGCUGAAGUGCGCUGGCUUACCAGUCCCUUCAAGAAGCUGUCUGGCCUGUAUUACAACCAGGAGAGGGAGGUCGACCCCUCCGCCCGAGGACGUCCCUUCGAUCCGGUCCGAGUUGAUAAUAGAUACGACUGUGGGCACCCCUUCGAGCACAUGAUUAGUGUGCUCAAGAAGCUGCCGUGGAGUCAGACGACGAUGAUCACCGUUGCGCAGCGACACGCGGUCAUGUGGAGUGCCCACAGCGGUCUCCCUUUGCGAAGGACUGUCCCCAGCGGCCCUUCGAGCCCUGGAAUCAGUUCAAAGGGCUUCAUCAGCAGAGAGGAGAUGACGAUGCUCGUCAAGAAUGUGGAGUGCCCGCAGCGGUCUCCUUAUGCGAGGGACUGCCCACAGCGGCCGUUCGAGCACAUGAUGAGCGUGCUCGUCAAGCUCGUCGAGUGCCCGCAGCGCUCCCCCUUUGCAAAGGACUGCCCCCAGCGGCCCAUCGAGGAGAUGGCCAUACUCAUGAAGCACGUCGAGCGCCCCCAGCGGCCCAUCGAGGAGAUGACCAUGCUCGUGAAGCACGUGGACUGCCCACAGCGGCCGUUUGAGCACAUGAUUAGUGUGCUGAAGAAGUUGCCGUGGAACCAGACGGCAAUGAUCACCGUUGCCCAGCGCAACGCGCCGUAUCGGUCCUGUGUCGGCCUGGUCUGCCUACUGCAAGAAGUGUAUCUCUCUCAAGGAUUCACUUCGGUCUGA